AUGGUUGAGAAUCUCAUCACACUUGGUAUUGUUCUUGCUGCUCUAAGGUUGGUAUGCUACAAUUGGCGAUGUGGACUCGAUGUUUGCGGCCUUUGCAUUCGCUGUUUGGGCGGCGGCAUGCAGCCUGGGAACGUCCAUUGUUGGGGUCAGUCCACGGUGUGGUGGGAUCUGACGGGGCAAGACAAGAAGGACCAAAAGACACGGCCAAUCCUACAAGAUGGAUUUCGGAGAUUGGCUCGUCCGGCAUUCGGAACGUUGGUCCGUAUGCGCGGCACUUGUACCGGCAACGACGGCGACAACCCCGGCGAACAUACGCAGACACUGCCGGAGAGAUUCGACCACGUUGCUUCCGAACCAUCGAGGUUACACACCCCCUAUCAGAGAUCACGCCAUUGA